AGGUAUCUGAAGAAAUAGCCUCAAGAUGAACUUCUUUCUGGAAACAUUGAAAGUCAAUGGACUUGUUAUUUAUUACUUGCUGGAGUCACUGGUGUUCUUGGUUGUGCCUAGACGGAAGAAGAAUGUUAGUGGUGAAAUAGUAUUAAUAACAGGAGCGGGAAGUGGCAUUGGAAGACUCUUAUCUUUAAAGUUUGCCAGCCUUGGAGCCACAGUGGUUCUCUGGGACAUUAAUCAAGAGGGGCUCAAGGAGACAAGUAGACUGGCCAGACAAAAUGCAGGAGUGAGAGUACACUGUUACGUCUGUGACUGCAGCAAAAGGCAGGAUGUCUACAGAGUAGCUGAUAAGGUUAAAAAAGAAGUUGGCGACGUUAGCAUCCUAGUCAACAAUGCUGGUAUUGUAACUGGGAAGAGGUUUAUUGAUUCUCCAGAUUCACUUGUGGAAAAAACCAUGGAAGUGAACACAAUGGCACACUUCUGGACUUACAAAGCCUUCCUCCCAGCGAUGAUAGCCUCUAACCAUGGACACUUGGUUAGUAUUGCAAGCUCAGCAGGACUGACCGGAGUCAAUGGUCUUUCAGAUUACUGUGCAAGUAAAUUUGCAGCAGUUGGUUUUGCAGAGUCAGUUGAUUUAGAGAUGAGAAAGCUGAGAAAGACUGGUGUUAAAACAACAAUUGUCUGUCCUUACAUCAUAAACACAGGAAUGUUUGAUGGCUGUAGAGCCAAGUGGCCAACUCUGCUUCCCACUCUGGAGCCAGAGUAUGUGGCUGAGCAGAUAGUCACUGCUAUUCGGCGGAACCAAGAAAUAUUGUUGCUACCACGCAGUCUUUAUGUUUUAUUUGCUUUUAAAAGUAUCCUACCAGUGAAAGUAAGCGUUCUCCUUGCGGAGUAUUUUGGAAACCUCCACAUCAUGGAUAGCUUCAAAGGGCGAGCAAAGGACUGA